AUGUCCGUGCGCCCUCUGGUGAUGGCUGGGCCGUCGGGCGUGGGCAAGGGGACGCUGAUUGCGCGGCUCAUGAAGGACUUCCCCGGCUCCUUCGGCUUCUGUGUCUCCCACACCACCCGCUCUCCUCGGCCGGGAGAGGAGGACGGUAUUGCGUACCACUUCACAGAGCUGGGCGCGAUGAAGAAGAUGGUGGAGGCGGGGCACUUCCUCGAGUACGCGGACGUGCACGGCAACCUCUACGGCACCUCGCGCGCCGCCGUCGAGAAGGUCGCUCAGGCGGGCUGCAUCUGCAUCCUGGAUAUCGACGUGAUGCACGGCCGCGACGUCUUCACCGGCGAGCGGCUGCACGCGGUGACGUGGGCUCCAGCCCUCGAGGCGCGCCUGCGCGGCCGAGGCACAGAGACAGAAGCGAGGGUGCAGCGCCGCCUCGCCAACGCCGCCGCCGAGAUUGGCUAUGCCACCGAGCGGGGCGGCGCGAACUUUGACGCCGUCUUGGUCAACGACGACCUCGAGCAGUGCUACGCUCAGCUCAAGGCGCCGUUCCCCCCCACGCAUGCGGCAGACACACUGCGGAAGACAUACCCGCGGACGCACGCGCGCCGGCGAAGUCCAUUCCCCGGCUCGACACCCGCAACUCGAAAGGACAGCGCGUGUUCGGCCGUCCGUUCGUGCGUCGCUCUCCCGUCGCUGCACGCGCCAGCCCUGCUCCUGCGCUCACGCGGCACUCACGCGGCGUCGAGGGCGCUGCUCGACUGCGGCGACGACGAGGGCGGCGUGCCCGGGCUCAGGUCCCCAAAGACUCCGUCUCCCUCCGCCAGCCCGAAGAGCCCUACCAAGAGCAAGACGCAGCCGCCGGCGCGAGCCUCGGCCAGCUCGACCGAGGCCAGCUAGCCGCGGCCAUAUAGCCGCGCAGCCCCGCUGCUGCCCUCCGCCGCUGCCCUCCGCUGCCGACCCCGGGGGGCUGCCGGUGCUGCUGCCCCCCCCCCCCGGCCGGCUAGGGUUAGCCGCCCGGUCGCGCUAUCUCCGCAUGCUCCAUUGUUGGGUGGCUUGCCCUAUCCGCGUUUGUGGCUCUGUGUCCGCGGUGACGCUCAGACAGCCCGCGCCGAAGAGCCCGGCGCGGCGCUUGUUGUCUGUGCCUGUGGCCCCCUGCUCCGGUGCUCAGCUAGCACACAGCCGAGCCUGCUCCCUGCUGUCACCGCCCUGUAUCUGAAUCUCCCACAAUAGAGUGGUUUAGCGUGCUGACUAGAGUGACACGUGUGUGGCGUCCUGUCUCACUUGUUCAACCAACAAGUGUUCGUACCGUAA